UCAACCUUCAGAGCAGCCAACUUUGUUCUUCCGGUCGCUAGCCCUCUUUCUUUCUCGAUCAACACAUCAAGAUGGGUAUAAGCCGUGAUAGCUAUCACAAGAGGCGGGCCACUGGUGGCAAGAAGGCCGCCAUCCGCAAGAAGAGGAAGUAUGAGUUGGGACGCCCGGCUGCCAACACCAAGAUUGGAGCUUCCCGUGUCCACUUCGUGCGCACUCGCGGUGGAAACCGAAAGUUCCGUGCCCUCCGUCUGGAUGCCGGAAACUUUGCCUGGGCUUCGGAAGGAACCGCCCGCAAGGCUCGUAUCAUCGAUGUAGUGUACAACGCUUCGAACAACGAGCUGGUCCGUACCAAGACCCUGGUGAAGAACGCCAUCAUCGUGAUCGAUGCUAGCCCCUUCCGCCAGUGGUACGAAAGCCACUACCUGCUGCCCCUGGGUAAGAAGCGUGAGGUCAAGGCCGGCGAAGAAGACGUUCUGGCCAAGAAGCGCAGCAAGCGCGUCAUGAAAAAGUACGUUAAGCGACAGAAGACCGCCAAGUUGGACCCCGCUCUGGAGGAACAGUUCAACGCUGGACGUCUGCUGGCCGCUAUCGCUUCCCGCCCAGGACAGAGCGGUCGUGCCGAUGGAUACAUCCUCGAGGGUAAGGAACUGGAAUUCUACCUGAAGAAGAUUAAGAACAAGAAGUCGAAGUAAGCUCUACCGGCCGGCUGGUGGAAGGAGUGUGAUGGUGUCGUGGUGUUUGUUGCCGCCGCCCGGGUGCGUAUAAACGCGAAGAUCUCGUUUACGCACCAGUACCCAAAGUGAGCGUUUCUCAACAGAUGAUAGCAACUAACAACAACAACGUUCCAGAAGUUAAGGAAAAAUAUUCAAAUAAAAAAGAACCCUAAAAAUUGAAA